GAGCAGGAGUGAGGAGCUUUUUAGGAUACCUUUCUGCUACGCUUCCCGUUGUAAAGUUUCUCCGUCGUUAUUUUCUUUCACCUCAAAAAGGCAGUGCUCAUUUAGAUAAUUUAUUUUCCUAUUUGUUUUGAGACAACACAAAAUGCGGCUUCAAGUAGCAGCAGGCUUCUGGGUUUUUGGGAAUGCUUCUCCAGACUGCCAGUAAAGAGAAGAGAGUGAGAGUCCUUUCUGCCAAUUCACACCUGAAGACAUGUGCUGGACUCUGUCUGAGUGGACAGUACUGCUGCUGACUGCGCUGCUGUGGGACGGUCUUCACGCUUUGGGGCUGAAACCCACGAGAUGGCCACUGUAUUCCAAAAAGCCUCUGCUCCUCGCUUGGAAUGCCCCGACUGAGGAUUGUUCCCCGCGGCAUAAUAUUCACUUUCAGCUGGAACAGUUCCAGAUUGUGGCCUCACCCAAUGAGGCCUUUGUCAGACAGAACCUCACCAUCUUCUAUAAGGAUCGGCUGGGGACAUACCCUUACUAUGAGCCAGAUAAAACGCAGAGGAAUGGGGGGCUGCCACAGGUGGCCAGUCUCAAGCAGCACAUAGACAAGAUGCCGGGUAAUGUGCAUAAGUAUAUACGUGACGAAUAUGCCAAGGGUCUGGCAGUUAUUGACUGGGAGGAGUGGCGCCCACUUUGGGUACGUAACUGGGAUACCAAGGAUGUUUACCGCACACAUUCUCGAGAAUUGGUGCGCCAGAAGAACCCGACCUGGUCUGAAGAGCGUGUGUCAAAAGUGGCCCAGCAAGAGUUUGAGAUGUCUGCCAGGCAGUUCAUGCUGGAGACGCUGAAGACAGCCAAACACCUUAGGCCCAACCAGCUGUGGGGGUUCUACCUAUUCCCCGACUGCUACAACCAUGACUACAUGCGCACCCUGGAGAGUUACACAGGCCGCUGUCCUGAUGUGGAGGUGGUCCGCAAUGACCAGCUGAAAUGGUUGUGGACUGAGAGCACUGCCCUUUUCCCCUCCAUCUACAUGGGCACCGUGCUGCGUUCCUCCACCUCCGGACGUCAGUUUGUCCGGAACCGGGUAAAAGAAGGGAUGCGUUUGGCAUCAUCAGGCGAUGGGCUGGCACGUCCUGUCUUUGUGUACACCCGGCCCACGUAUGCCAACUCCCUGAUACAGCUGACAGAGAUGGACCUGGUCUCUACCAUCGGGGAGAGUGUUGCUUUGGGAGCGGCAGGAAUCAUUUUGUGGGGAGAUGCAGUUUAUGCAAGCAACAAAACCAGCUGUUCAGACCUGAAUUCAUAUCUGCAGGGUCCUCUGGGUAAAUACCUCCUCAACGUCUCCACGGCAGCAGAGCUAUGCAGCCAGACCUUGUGUGGUUCUCAAGGCCGCUGUCUGCGCAAAAAUCCAGACAGUGAUGUUUACUUGCAUCUGAACCCCCUCACCCACAGUAUCAUCAGUCAGGAUGGCAAGCAAACAGUCACCGGUGAGCUCAGCGAAGAAGAGAAGAUGAGUUUUCAAACCGAGUUUCAGUGCCAGUGCUACAGCGGCUAUGAGGGAGAGGGCUGCGAUCAGAAAGACCCUCUGCACCAAAUAGGGGCUGCAUCUCAAGCCGUGGCAUCAACGCUUCAAUGUGUGAUUUUACUGAUUGUGUCUCUGCUCCUCUGUUAAUGUACCAUACACACUGUAAACACAUGCCAAAAUACAGGAGCAUACGAGAUGACAUGUUGGGAAUAUUUAGGACUUUUUAUCUUUGUAUUGCUGUAAAAUAUGGAUGUCACAAAAUGAAAUUUUUUAACAAACACUGUGGAAAUUGCAAAGUUAUAUUUGUUCAUAACUUUUAACUUUCAACGGAGGGCUUGCUGGAAAUGACCUUGUUUACAUUUUGCUCUCAGUUUCCUCUCUCUUGUACUAUCAGUCACUGUUUCCCAAGGUGUCAAAUUCCCUGGUUCUCACAGAGAGGAUGUUUUUUUGGGGUGGAAAUGUGAUUAAUGAGUGGAUGUAUGUCAGUUGCUGUGUGUUAAAAGGGGAUUUGAUGCUAGGGCAAUAGCACAAUAUAUUAAAAGUGCCUGACCCUUUCCUUCACUAUCACCUCUCUCUGACGUCAAAUGUUUUUAUGGAGGCAAUUACAGUAUUACUAUUUAUUUGAAUGUAUUUUUAGGUGUUUUAUAUGAUAUUUCUAUGUCCAAAACAUGACUACUACUUAAAAUUUACACUGCAUUAGUCAAUCUGUGCUAAAAAAUAACAGCCUCAUAUGUCAGCAGCUAUUUGACUUCAGAAGCACAAAUGCAAAAGCAAAUUUCUUCUACAAUUUCACUGACUUUCUUUGUAUGCUGUUUUCUCAAAUCUGACUGUUGCCAAAGUUAAUA